AUGACUGUUCGUUCGGAGAGUUACCAUGCACACGCCUUGAAUCCAUUCAGCGGCGCCAGCAGCAACCACUAUGACACGUCUUCUCUGCCCGUGCAGAGCGGUUCGAUACUAGCCUGUCUAUGUGCUUCUGCCGUGUUCCUGUACUAUAUUCUCUCAUAUUUUGACGCCCUGCCUGGCACGAUUCCACGAGCUCUCUGGAAUAUCCUUGUCUAUCUAACACCGUCUCGCAUCGUCCUUGCGCUGGACACGACGACCGAAUCCCAGGACCAAGCCGCCUCGAUGACGUUUCCUAGCUUCCAAGCGAAGAGCGAAGCGAUGCAACGAAUAUUGGGCCUCGACAAGAGUUCGUUAUAUUCCAUAUUUCCCCGCGCGCGGAGCUUGUCGGGAUUCGGGAACGCCCUGUUGGGCGGAAAGGAGCCCAUCCCUCCUGGGCUAGGUAACUGGGACAACUCCUGUUAUCAGAAUAGUAUCAUACAAGGGUUGGCAUCGCUCCGGUCGUUCGAAGCUUUCCUUGAACGGAAUAUCCACGACUUGGCCGACCGAGGUACCCUCUCGACGCAUCGCGCUCUGAGGGAUAUCAUCGCGCGACUGAACGACCCCGCGAACCAUGGGCAGAGGCUGUGGAUACCGCCGGAAUUAAAGUCUAUGAGCAGUUGGCAACAGCAAGAUGCCCAGGAAUAUUUCUCGAAAAUUGUGGAUCAAGUCGACAGGGAGGUUUCGCAAGCAUCGAAGAGACUGACAAGUAAUCUUGGACUGAAGGUGGCGGGACCACAAGAACAUGUUCUGGGAGUUUCUUCUGCGUCAGAAGACAGGAGGCUCCGUGUCCAUGGGGCAGAACAAUAUGCGUCGCUUCGAAAUCCUCUAGAAGGUCUGCUCGCGCAACGAGUGGGCUGCAUGCGGUGUGGUUGGACUGAAGGGUUGUCGCUGAUCCCGUUCAACUGUCUAACAGUCUCCCUUGGAAGGAACUGGGAAUAUGAUAUACGAGAGUGUCUGGAUGACUACAUGACGCUCGAGCCUAUCGAGGGCGUCGAAUGUGCGAAAUGCACCUUGUUGCGCACGAAGGAGCAGCUCAGUCAUCUCCUGAAGCAAAUUGAAGAAGAUGAGGAGCUUGCAAAUGGAUCCCAAACCCCCAAACUGUCAGACGCACUGAAGAGCUCUGCUCAAACACGUCUCCAAGCUGUCCAAGAAGCCCUGGACGAUGAGGACUUUUCGGAGAAGACGCUGUCAAAGAAAUGUCAUAUACCAUCAAAGAAUAGGGUGUCGACGACGAAAUCGAGGCAAGCUGUAAUUGCCCGGGCGCCGAAGUCCCUCGUUAUUCAUGUUAAUCGCAGUGUGUUUGACGAAAAUACUGGCAUGCUGAGAAAGAACUACGCAGACGUCAGGUUUCCAAACACUAUUGACCUGGACGAGUGGUGUUUGGGGACCAAAGCUGUUGAUGAGAAAGGCGAGGAAGCUCCAGAGAGAUGGGAUACCAAUCCCCAGCAAUCCAUGCUUCCUCGACCAGGGGUUACGAGGGAAGUUCUUGACCGGCGAUAUGAGCUGCGUGCUGUUGUAACGCACUAUGGCCGACACGAAAAUGGGCACUAUAUUUGCUACAGGAAGUAUCCUGUGGAACAUUUCCCCGCAACUGUCCCUGAGGCGGUCCUGCACGCGGAUGGAGAGAAGGAAAGGCCCGAACGUUGGUUCCGUCUCAGUGAUGAUGAUGUGCAGAUGGUCAGCGAACGCAGCGUGUUCUCACAGGGCGGGGUUUUUAUGCUUUUCUACGAGUACAUUGAAGAGCCACGUUCUACAGACGAAAAGCUUGGGGAUACCCAGUCGGAGAUUGAUGAGAAGGCUCUCGUAAAAGAAGAGUCUGUUGCGUCGACUACUACUCUGGAGGCACCUUCGUAUCAGCCCUCCACUGGUGAACACUUAAGCGAAACCGAGGGUAUUCCGGCACCUGAUGAGACGUCUUCAACCGAAUCCGAGGUUUUUGACUCGGAUACGUCAGCAGGGAGUCAGCCAUCGAGCGUGUCUCAUGGUUCAUCGUCUCCGGGAGAUGCAAAACCGUCCGAUACCACUCUUCCAGCAGUCUCACCCGAGCCAAACGUAUCAACGGUGGCUGAUAAGGGACAAAAUGAAGAGAAACCAUCGGAUAUAUGA